AUGCACGAAAACCCCAACCAAGCUAAUCAAGCAUAUGGUUGGCAUUUUCAAUUCCUGACCGUGAUUGGCCUGUCGUUGUCAACACUCACUUUCGCGGUUGCACUACUAGCAGAUAUUACCUCGUCGCGGCGACUGUUCCUGGUCAAAAACAUCCUAUCAGUAUGCAGUGCCCCCCUUGAGGUUGUUAUCAGUGUCUUGUACUGGGGUCUUCGUAUAAUUGAUGAGCGUUUGGUGAUCCCCCCGGACAUCUUUAUCCCUGUUCAUGCCGACAUCAGCUUCCACGCCACACCGUCCGUGGUGAUGCUGAUUGACCUGCUGCUCCUGUCUCCACCGUGGACAAUCACUGCGCUCCCGGCACUAGCAUUGUCUGGUACCAUCGCCUUCGGCUACUGGUUCUGGAUUGAGCAAUGCUUCUCCCAGAAUGGAUGGUACCCAUAUCCUAUCUUCGAAGCACUACCCACGUCAGGCCGUAUUGGCCUAUUCACUCUUAGUGCUGUUGUGAUGGCAAUGAGCACCAUUACACUCAAGUGGCUCCAUGGACGCGUCAAUGGGUUUGGUAACCCUAUGAAGCCAGAAUCCCGUUCAGGUGAUAUCAAGCGAAAGAACGGGCUUUAG